AUGCCCGCUAGUGAAACGGAACCUAAAGCAUUCUAUCUUGAUAUUUUCUUCAAUGCCCACCCUCUUCAUCCGGUCGGAGAGUCCAAGGAAAAACAACGAGCUCCGAAUGCGCUGGUUCCAACAUCAAUUGCGUACUCUGGUGGACAAGUUGAUUUUACGGUCGAUAUGGGAACAGAGUAUUCAACGCGUCUUAUGAUCGUCAAGGGCAAAUUCCAAGUCCUUUCUCUGGCAGUUUACGGCAAGAUAGUAUCAGAAAUACCGCCAGCACCAGAGACCUAUGAACCUGCUCCUCUGCCAUCACCGUCAUCCGCCCCGAUUCCCAUGUCAGUUGAUCCAGCCAAUGCCGCGGAUCCAACGCAACUGGCUAAGGCCCUUCUCAUGCUGGUUCCAGAUUCGCCACCUCUCCACCUCGUAGUUCGACUUACUUUCUGUCUGAAACCUGCCUAUGAGGACUGGGAUGAUCCUAAAUUCCCGUAUCAUAAUGACACAAACUUGCAGAUUGGUAAUGACUUCAGUCUCGAAAGAGCCUGGAAGAUGAUUGAAACGCCUAUCCGCGAUAACACUUCGGAGGAACUGAUAUCUAACUUCUCAGAGGGAGUUGCAGGCCUGCUUGGUGGCAAGAGCGUAUAUCAAUCAUACCAUAUAGCUAAACUAUUCAGUAUCUCUGCUUCUCAGAUGCCUUCAUUGGGGCUGGCUCUAUGUCAACAAAUUGAUCCCACAGAUGUAUUCGACGUCAGUGUCGUCGAUGACGACACAAUCUGCCACCUGAUGGAUGCCGUCGCCAAUGCUGAUUUUGCUCGGCAUUUUAGUGCUGAGGCUUUCCUUAACGUACUCCAAGACAUCCAAGAUAAUCCGAUUUCAGACCGGUCGUCCAAACUGGCCGCGGACCGUCUUGCGGAUAGAAUCAAGGGAUGGGGCGUCUUUGAGGAUGCGCUUUCAAAUUCCAAUGCUGAUUUUGAGACAAGCAUGAAGACGUUGAAUGACAUCGGAAACGAAGAACAGUCAAUGGGGACAUGGCUAGAAACUAUGACGUUUCACGAAGAUUUGGUAACGAAGUUAUCUGAGAAUUCUGUCUCAUCUACACAACUUCCUCCUCCACGAGUCCCUUCUACUUCAAUCGAGCAUGAUGAAUUUAUUCGUUUUGUGAGGGCAUUUAUCGGUAUUGCCGCCGUCUUUGCGGCAUGGGCUUGGUCCGAUAGCACUGGAGCUGAAGCAUGCAGAGAGCGUGCUUUGGCAAUCAUUUUGAUGUGGCAAGGCGUUGAAGGCUAUCGAGAGAUUGUGAACCGUCUAUUGCUUGUUCGUCAAUUCUCGCGGCGCCUGAAAUGGAUCGCUGUAAACGAAGACGGGGAGCCACCCAAAAAGUCUUACUCCCUGGCGGAGCAGAUCAUCAUCGAAAUAGCGAAAGAUCCCCAAGCUCUUCUUCAUUCUGACUUUGCCGAGACCGUGCUUGAUCUCGUUCCCCCGCUUUCCUUCAUAUCUGAGAACCAAAGGUUGUCUUUGCGGAAAGCUGCUUUGGUUGCCACGGACGGUCUCCCCGCAGCCAUCGAGGAGCUCGCGUUUUCCAGUGAUCAUCCCCUCUCUUUGCGCAGGCUCCGUACGAUUCGAGUGUCACUAGCAAUUGUUGAAAGGGAACUUCGGACCGAAAACGAAGCCCAUGCCGGCGAAUUCAACGUCUUGGAAACCAUCUGGGAUGAGCAUUCCGUUGGGCUUGUUCCCCAGCUUCUAUCGGUCUUGACAGGAGUUUCAGGGGAUCUAAAUGAACAUUUCGUAAUCACGUCUUCUCCUCCUGCUCUGAUGAAUCAGGAACUUAUUGAACAAUUGUUCCAUACCGCUAAUGACCUUCUCCGUCUGAUCUUACUUCUCUGCCCCUCCUUCCCUUUGACUCCGCGUCCGUUGCGUUGCUUCAGUGUUACGUUAGCGGACAUUUUCGCUUGUUCCGAAGCAGCAAAGACCUUGUACGAUCAAACCAGUUCUGCGUCUGCGUCUGCGCAAAUAGCUCGACAAACGUGUAUAGCCCUUAUAUGCGAAGUCUCCCAGCCCGACCUUCUCACCGAGACAGGCAAACCCACGAGCCGGAUUGUCUUCCAAGCUUUGCUUGAGCAUGGCGAUCGCAGCAGCGGUCGUGAUCCAUUAUCUCAUUUGACACAAGUGUUUACUCUUAUACUCGACCACGUUCUCCCUCAAGCACAGGGUGAGAAUGAUACUUGGGUUUCAACGGUUCUUCCGCCCCUUCUACCAGAGAUUAAGGACUUCCUGCAUUUACUAGACGUCCAGAAGAAAGCACUUCUAAUCGGGCGGAUCAUCGCGUUGGAUGACGGCUUCAUUGGUAUUGCAGAAUGGCUUUUGAUCGAGGAGUUGAAAGUUUUGCUCCAGACGGUGACGAUGCUGAGACUCACCGAGGACACGCCCGCCACUGUUGCUCGGCGAUGUCAGGCUAAUAUGUCUCUUCAAGUUCUCGUCGAACUGGAGAAAACCUCGCAAAGUUGGUUCGUUACAACCGUUUCCGAAGUCCCGGAUGUUUGUGACACUCUGAAGGAGUGUAUCAUGGCAUUGCUCGAUGGCCAAUUCACUUCGUCUUCUCUAACGGCGCUUGUUUGCUCGCUAGCGACACAUACCGAACUCACUGGCAUCAUGUUCCCGGUUCUUCUUGGUCUUGUGAGGACACAGCACGAUACGCCAAAACAAUGGUCGCUGUCUCUCGAGAUCUUGAAGAGCCUUCCUUCCGUCGCAAUGUAUGCGGGGCCUCUUCGCCAAGAGUUAGGUCAGAGUAUAUUGGCUUUGGCAAGCACCGAGGUGCUUAGCGUCGAUGUUGUCGAAUCAUUGAUAGCCACGCUAGAGUGGAUGUUGCUGCAGGAGGACAAGAGCUUCACUAUACUAUUAGGGAUCACGCCGGAUGAAUUUUGGUCGUUGCAUGAGCGUGUGGUAGAAAAGAGUCCAGCAGAUAAGGUCGAGUUCUUGGCAGGUCUGCGAUCUCAGAUAACCUUUGAUGAAGAUGAAGUUAUCGUCCCACCGAGCAUCGACCUUGACAUCAAUGUGGAGCUCUCCAUUCCAGAGAUACGUGCACUCUUCCAGUCAACGAUCGUUGAGGAACCACCUUCAACUCCCAAAGGCACAAAUGUCCAAGACAUGUUAGGACUUGUCAUAUCACCUCCCAAUGCCGUUCUGCACUCGCCAUUAGCGACGACACUCACGAAAACAUAUGCUAACAACGACUUUCGUGAAUUACGACAAGUACCCUCAGCAAGGCAGAACACAAGCCGACUGCCUAGUACGCACGUCGAUGUGGGUCUUCGUGGCCAUUCGACCUGA